AUACACGUAUUUUAUCAGCUGACCUUUAAAAAUGCACAUUAUCUUAGUCAUAAAACUUAUUGUUGCGUUGUCAACUAAAUAGUACUUUACGUAUAACAACUAUGCGCAACUUUACGCACAAUUGAUGCUCGUAAACAGGGAGAAUCGGAGAAUUCUCCGACUGUCGCGCGCUAAACACCAUCAUAUGAUUCAUGCAGGACGAGUGUUUACCCAUGUAAAACGUGACUGUAGCCAUGCCUGUAAAGACAUGAAACCUCAAUAGAAACUAUAAGGCUUGGCGUGCACUACAUUGUCCUUCUCCCCCUGUUAGCUUCACAUAAUUCAAAAUUUGCCUGACUCUUUUCGACGGAUAGAAAUGAAUGAAGAGUGCUCGGAACCCGCUGGAGCUAUCAAAGCUAUAGACAGGCACUCAGUGCACCAGAUAUGCUCAGGGCAGGUGGUGCUAACCCUGGCAACUGCUGUCAAAGAGCUGGUCGAGAACAGCAUCGAUGCGGGCUCUACCAAUGUUGAUGUUAGACUGAAAGAUAAUGGAGCUGAACUUGUAGAAGUGUCAGACAAUGGCAAAGGAGUAGAGGAAGCCAACUUUGAAGGACUGACAUUAAAGCAUCACACUUCGAAGAUUCGAGAGUUCUCUGACCUCAUUCACGUGGAAACGUUUGGCUUCAGAGGGGAAGCUCUCAGCUCAUUAUGUGCUCUGAGUGACCUGAGCGUGGUGACCUGCCAUGAGUCUGCCCAAGUGGGCACCAAGCUGGUGUUUGACCACAAUGGUCACUUGGUCCAGCGCUGUCCUCACCCCCGCCAGCAGGGCUCCACUGUCAGCCUGGGGCAGCUCUUCUACACCCUGCCCGUCCGUCACAAGGAGUUCCAGCGCAAUAUCAAAAAGGAAUUCACCAAGAUGAUCCAUGUCCUCCAGUCCUAUUGUAUCAUCUCCACUGGGGUGAGGAUAACAUGCUCCAACCAGACAGGACAGGGGAAAAGGAGUCCGGUGCUCAACACCAGUGGAAGCCCCUGCAUGAGGGACAACAUAGGGGCUGUUUACGGACCCAAACAGCUGCAAAGUCUGCUACCAUUCCAGCAGCUUCGCCCGACGGACGUUGUUAAAGAAGACUAUGGACUCACUAACGCAGAACUCCCCGAAGAGCUCUUCACGAUCACUGGGUUUGUGUCGAGGGGAGACCAUGGCGUGGGAAGGAGUGCCACUGACCGGCAGUUCUUCUUCAUCAAUAAACGGCCGUGCGAUCCUUCCAAGGUGACCAAGAUCGUGAAUGAGGUGUACCACAUGUACAACCGCCACCAGUAUCCCUUCGUUGCCCUGAACAUCGCAGUGGCUUCAGAGUGCGUUGACGUGAACGUCACCCCAGACAAGCGGCAGAUCUUCCUGCAGGAAGAGAAGCUCCUUCUGGCCAUCCUGAAAACCUCCCUCAUGGCCAUGUAUGAAUCAGGGGUCAACAAGAUCAGCCUCAACCACAAACCCUCCAAUCUCAGCAACAAUAGCCUUACAUCUGUGCAGCCAAGGCCCGUCUCAGCACGACAUCAGGCUGAUCCAUCUGAUGGUGAGUUGGUGGUGGAGCCUCGAGAAGAGGAUGAACACAAGGUCCAAAGGCCCAGGUCCUCGCUCAACAUGGCAGGGCUGAGGGCUGCCUUCUCCAGCCACACCAAACGGGGCCAGGAGAGUCCUGCGAGUGGUGGCUCCAAACAGAAGACACUGCAGUCCUUUUUCAAGGGCUCAGAGAAGGCCGCCACUCACGUCCACAUCCAGUCGCCCGUGAAACCUCUCAGAGAAGCCACUAGAUCUUCCCCGGCGGGGCGGUCGUCACUCGAUGCGUUCCGGUACGGGAAGACUCAAGACGGCGACAUAGAAGACUCCGGCAGAGGCAGCUCUCUGUCUGAGUGCGACUCCCAGACCACCGCCACGCCCGAGAGCCCGCGGUGCAGUUCGGAGGCCACCCCGCCCGAUAAACACCCCUGCAUCGCAGACGUCCUGGCGUCCGAAGAACCCUUGGACCAGCACUGCUCGGAGCCUGAAGCCCAGGGGACCAAGACGGAGCCGUCUACCUCCCGGGAGGAGGACCCCGCCCCUGGUCCUGACUCCAAGAGAGCCAGGACCCAGGGGAGCCAGGACUCUGUCGGUUCCUCCGCCGGACCUGAACCGACCAAGCGCGACAGUUCCAGAUCCUCCCUCUCAAAGGUAGAUGCUCCGGUCAGCCUCCAGAAGAGGACGGCACCGCUGAGGUUCUGCUUCCAGGAACUGGCCAGUCGGCUGAGGAGGCUGAACGAGCUUCAGAGGCAGAUGGACAGCGACCGCUUGAAGUACAGGCGCUUCAGGGCCAAGAUCAGCCCGGGGGAGAACCAGAGUGCUGAGGAUGAACUGAGGAAGGAGAUCAGUAAAGACACAUUCAAGGACAUGGAGAUCAUCGGUCAGUUCAACCUGGGAUUCAUCAUCACCAAGCUGAACUCCGACAUCUUCAUGAUCGACCAGCACGCCUCGGACGAGAAGUACAACUUUGAAAUGCUGCAACAGCACACCGCGCUCCAAGGGCAGAGACUCAUUGCACCACAGAAGCUUCAUCUCCCGGCAGUCAGCGAGAACGUCCUCAUGGAAAACGUGGACAUUUUCCAGAAGAAUGGUUUCGAUUUCCUAAUCGAUGAGGAAGCCCAGGUGAUGGAGCGGGUUAAGCUGGUGUCGCUGCCCACCAGUAAGAACUGGACGUUUGGGCCUGCGGACAUCGAGGAGCUUAUCUUCAUGCUGAGCGACAGCCCGGGGGUCAUGUGUCGGCCGUCUCGUGUCAGACAAAUGUUUGCUUCCCGCGCUUGUCGGAAAUCUGUAAUGAUCGGCACGGCCCUCAGUGUCUCCGAGAUGAAGAAGCUGGUGGUCCACAUGGGAGAGAUAGAGCAGCCCUGGAACUGUCCCCACGGCCGGCCCACCAUGAGGCACCUGGUCAGCCUGGACGUCCUCUCACAGGACUGAACCAAAGAUGUUGGGGGGACUUUAGUGCAAAAGAAAAUCUGGAUGGUGUCUUUCUGAGUUAUAUAUUUUUUUGUGUUUGUUUUAAUAAAGUGAAAACGUUUUUGAGAAUUG